GUGGGAAUUUCGGACGGGGUGGAAGGAGCGGCGGCCGGGCCUGGGCACGGAGGAGGUAUUUGAAGCCGGCGUCUGCUUUUUGGGUGUAGUUUUUUUUUAGGAGGGAAAAUGCCAUAUAAUAAGACGACUGCUGGAAAAAGAGCCCCUGCAAAAAGGAAACUUGCUGAAGUAUUUGCUCUGGGGGAGGUUCUAGCAGAUACAUCAAGAAAGGAAUGGAAAUUAGGUGUCCCUAUAGGGCAAGGAGGCUUUGGACGCCUAUACCUUGCUGAUGUUAAUUCUUCAAAGUCAGUUGGCAGUGAUGCACCUUAUGUUGCAAAAGUGGAACCCAGCCAGAAUGGACCUCUUUUUACUGAGUUAAAGUUCUACAUGCGAGCUGCUAAGCCAGAUGAAAUUCAGAAGUGGACUAAGUCCCAUAAACUGAAAUAUUUAGGUGUACCAAGAUACUGGGGUUCUGGCUUGCAUGAAAAAAAUGGAAACAGUUAUCGAUUUAUGAUAAUGGACCGAUUUGGCAGAGAUCUUCAGAAGACGUAUGAAGAGAAUGCAAAGCGAUUUUCCCAUAAAACUGUACUACAAUUAGGCCUGAGAAUACUUGAUAUUCUGGAAUAUGUCCAUGAGCAUGAAUAUGUGCAUGGAGACAUCAAGGCCUCAAAUCUUCUUAUGAGUUACAAGAACCCUAAUCAGGUGUACUUGGUGGAUUAUGGACUUGCCUACCGAUACUGUCCUGAAGGAGUUCACAAAGUGUAUAAAGAAGAUCCUAAAAGGUGUCAUGAUGGAACUAUUGAAUAUACCAGUAUUGAUGCACACAAGGGCGUGGCACCAUCGAGACGUGGUGAUCUGGAGAUCUUGGGUUACUGUAUGAUUCAUUGGCUUAGUGGCCAUCUACCAUGGGAGGAUAAUUUGAAAGAUCCAAACUUUGUCAGAGACUCAAAAAUCAGGUGUAGAGAUAAUAUUUCAGUUUUGAUGGACAAAUGCUUUCCUGGGAAAAGUAAACCAGAUGAAAUAGCCAAAUACAUGGAAAAGGUGAAGCUACUGAGCUAUGAAGAGAAACCUGUUUAUCAGCAUUUCCGAGAAAUACUUCUGCAAGGUCUUAAGGCCAUUGGGCAAAAAGAUGAUGGAGUACUUGACUUUGCCUUGUCAGAGAAUGGAGACUUGCAAACAAAUCCCAUGCAAAAGAAAAAAAGAAAGGCAGCAGCUGCAACCAAUGGGAGGACUGAAGCAGAAAUGGAAGAUACAGGAAGUCCAGAAAAAAAGAAACCUACUUGUUCUGACGCAGUAGCUACCAGAACCCGGAAGAUAACCUCACCAAAACCCAAGAAAGGCACAGCAACCAGAAAGAGAGUCCAGAAGUAAAUAAUAGAUGGAGCAACAAACUAAGUUGCUCUUUGGCACAUCUCUGGGGUUUUUUCAGUUACUGUAGCACUGGAACCUUUUUAUUUCCUUUUUAAAUGAUGAAUCCUGUGAAAACGUGGGCUACUGUUUGUACCUGUUUUUGAAGAAUAAAUGUUUUAUUAAAAUAUUUGUGUCAUUUAUGUAGACUUAAAUACUAACGCAAAAUUUUGCCAACUUUGAAGUGAGGAUGCAUUUUCAUUCUUUAUAUACACGAAUUCAUAUCUUAAAGGCAAACUAAAAGAAGGUGCUUUUUUUCUGCUUUAUAAUGUAGAAAUAAAGCCUUAUUUAGUUUCAUUAUGGGAACUUUAUAAGGAACAGCGGUGUUACAUCUGAUUUCUUCUGAUUUUGAGUGAAGUUUUAUUGGAAGUCACUUAGAUGUACACCGAGGUGAACUCUGAAAUGGUAGAGACAUCUUUUAAGUAUUUCUCAAGUGUUUAAAUUAAAAAAAAAAGAACAUAAGACAAAAAUCACAUCCUUCCAUUCCAGUUUGUUAUAAAAUGUGUUUCAACAAUUCUCUGGAGGACAGGUAGUGAAUUUUAGUUAUUUUUUUGCAUAGUAGUUGGUUUUGUAUCACUUUUCAAAUUAUUCAGAGUUUCUCUGGAAAGGAGACCAGAAUUUCAGACAUAGGGCCCAGGGCAAAGAGAAGAACCAACCAAUGCCUUUUCUUACUGCUCCCCGCCCCCCUGCCGGGUUUUCUCUUUAUAUUAGUGAAAAGGCUAUAAAAGUUAUAAUAAUGAAGAAUAACUUUGUAAAGUAUCUAGUUCCAGUGAAAGCUUCACUCACAUGUGCUUCUCAUAACAAAAUAAUGGUUUACCUUUUUUUAGUAGUUGAGAAGCAUGUAACCUUUCUUAAAAGAACGUUCUUGCUUUGCUUUGAGUCUUCUGUUCAGAGUUGUAAGUCAAAAAAUGCAGUGCUUCAUUUCAGUGUGAAAUACCACUACUUUUCAUUUAGAUACUGCAAAAAUACAUACAAUUUGGGCAUGAACAUUCUUAUCAGGGAGACUGCUUUAUGAAGUUUGGCAAACCAAAAGGAAUCCUUACGAGCCAAUGGGUGGUGUAUUUGUGUGGAUGUCCAGCGCUCUGCUUGCUUGAGUAUGUAAUGUCUGAGUAGCUACUCACUGAAAUAAAUGUUGUAGCAUAAAAUGUUGAAUGAAUGAUGAGGUUAUGUUUUGAAAACAAUGGAGUCCAUUGUUUUGAAA